GCAGAAACCUCCACUAUUCUCCGUAAUUAGGCCUCUUCACUUACAAACCCUAGCGGCAUUUGGUUCAGCAGAAGAGGAAGAUGGGACACUCCAACAUCUGGAAUUCUCACCCUAAGACCUAUGGCCCUGGCUCCCGCACCUGCCGUGUGUGUGGGAACCCCCACGGUAUAAUUAGAAAGUAUGGGCUCAUGUGCUGCAGACAAUGCUUUCGCAGCAAUGCCAAGGAAAUAGGCUUCAUCAAGUAUCGCUAAGCGGGCAAGCCAAGAUUUCUACUGGAGGAAGAUUUUUCUCAUGUGAUGCUUUUAACUAUUUCAGAGUUAACUUUUUAAAUCAUCUUAUCCCGUCUUCGUUCAGAAAAUGGGUGUAUUGAGAAUGAUUAUUCCGAGUUUAUAAUUUAACUUGAAAUUUUAUGUGAACAACAAAUUAUAUUUGCGUAUUUUAUUGUCGUGCCCAUUGCUGUUAUGCAUC